AUGGCACGAAAGCUUCUGGCUCUGCUUGCGCCGAGCGUGGGUGUGCUUGGCACCUGCCCAGGUCUUCCCUUCACCACAGUUCCACAGAACUACGCCGCGGUCCCCGAAUUACCCGUGUACGAUGCGGCGCUAAAGGCACUGGACCUCAAGGCCGUCGUUGCAGACCUGCAAGCGCUCUUCGUGAAUUCCCAGGAGUGCUGGCCAGCAGACUUCGGCCACUACGGUCCUCUCUUUGUUCGCCUGGCUUGGCACUGCUCGGGCUCGUGGCGGGAGUCGGAUGGGCGUGGAGGCUGCGCUGGUGGCCGCCAGCGCUUCGAACCUGAACGAAGCUGGGCAGACAACACCAACUUGGACAAGGCCAGGGCGCUGCUAUGGCCGGUGAAAGAGAAGUAUGGUGACGGACUUAGCUGGGGCGAUUUGUUUACACUGGCAGGCACCACAGCCAUCAAGACCAUGGGAGGGCCGGUCUCGCAGUACUGCGCGGGCCGCAUCGACUCACCAGACGGCACUGAGAGCCUGGAUUUGGGUCCAAGCCCACAACAGGAGCUCUACGCUCCGUGCCCUGUGAACGGCACCUGCCAGCGACCGCUGGGAAGCACCACAAUUGGUCUGAUCUACUUGAACCCGGAAGGCCCCGUCGCGAAGCAGCCGGACGGAAGCUGGGCUCCCAACCCGGACCCCAAGGCCUCUGCCCUCGAUGUGCGUGAUGCCUUCGGGAGGAUGGGCAUGAACGACACGCAGACGGUGGCUCUGAUCGGAGGUGGCCAUGCCUUUGGCAAGAGCCAUGGCGCCUGCACCGCUGGCCCGGGCCCCUCGCCUCGCGAGGACGUCACCAACCCUUGGCCAGGAAAGUGUGGAACUGGGAAGGGGGCGGACGCCUUCACAAGCGGCAUCGAGGGCCCCUGGACAAUGAACCCCACAAAAUGGGACAACGAGUACUUUGUCAUGCUGAUGAACCGCACGUGGGAGAAGUUUCAAGGUCCCGGUGGACAUUGGCAGUGGCGUGUGAAAGGAGCCGUCGAGUCCGAAGCCAAACUGAUGAGGCUCACCAGUGACAUGGCCCUUAUGAACGACGACAAGUACUUCACCAUUGUCCAGGAGUUUGCCUUGAACCCGGCUGCACUCGACGCCGCUUUCGACGAGGCCUGGUUCAAGCUGGUAACGAACGGCGGGCGCUGGUCACCGGAGAAGAAAUGCAUUCCGGGCGACGUGAUUCCAGCAGUUCCAUCGCCACCACCGAGGAUGAGGUCCGACGAUGGCUUCAUCUCCAUCUGA